UUUCGCGGAUUAACAAUCGCCAUUUUGCGGAAAUUUUCCUAUCCCCCUCUACCGAUUAUUGAAAUGAAAACAAAUGCACAUGGUCAGCACGUUGCUAGGUUAGUGUAGCACCAGGAUGGACCUGGGCCCUAAUGCAUCCUCCAGUAUGCUGUCUAACAUGUCCGGACUGAAGCUGAACUUUGAGAGCUUUGAUGAUGAGGUUUCAAAGGAGAGUAAUGACCUCACUGUAGAUGCAAGCUUUCCAUCCUCUGAUGGCAACUUCAUGGCAGGCAGCAGCGACAUUGGAGGUGGUCUAUCAACAGGGGCAGGUAACUCCGUCGGAGAGACUGGAGAUGGAGAGGCCAAAAGGAAAGGUGGCUGGCCAAAAGGACGCAAAAGGAAAAAGAGUUUGAAAGACGUCAAUGCUCCCAAACCAGCCCUUACAGGAUACAUCCGGUUCCUGAAUGAACGUCGUGAGCAGCUGAGACAGGAAAACCCAAACCUGACAUUCUCAGAGAUCACGAAAAUGCUAGGAGCAGAGUGGUCCAAACUUGGGGCUACAGACAAACAGCGUUACCUUGACGACGCAGAGAAAGACAAAGAGCGGUAUCUGAAGGAGAUGGAGGCGUAUCAGAAAACUGAGGCUUACAAGACCUUCAGGAUGCAGCAAAAGAAGUUACGAGGUGAUCUUGGAGAAGAGACUGAGAGUACAGGGUUGAAUGGAUCAUCUUUAGAGAUGUUAAACAAUGAAGAGGAGGAGAGUGGCACCUUUGACAUCCCUAUCUUCACUGAGGAUUUUCUGGACCAUAAUAAAGUGCGUGAAGCAGAGUUGAGGCAGCUACGGAAGCAGACAACGGAGUUGGAGGAACAGAAUGCCAUCCUCAGUAAACACAUCGAAAAUAUGAAACAUGCCAUCGAGAAGCUGGAGAUUGAGGCGGUGCAGCAACGGAGCACCAACAUGGCGCUGCAGACUCACCUCGACAACCUGCGCACAACACUCACUACACACUUUGCCUCCGUGUCUCUCCCAGGAUCGGGGAAGACGCCAUCUCUGGAGACGAUCGACACAUACAUGGCCAAACUACACACCGUGAUCCUCGACUCCCCUCAGGAGAAUGAAUCUCUCAUAGCCACUGUUAGAGAAAUAGUCGGAAGACUCAACAUUGAAGGUGAUAAGUUAUGACGAGAACAAGAAAAGUGUGUUACUGAUGUUAGGACUUCUUGAACCGGUGCUUCUCCUCUGGAUGUUGUGGACCCGGAGGACCUGGACCCCAGCAUCUUCAGUUGGUACACAGUGUGAAUAAAGUGAUGGACCU